AGAUUACCACGAAUACCAACCAAAACUUCAAUUCGACUUCCUUUCAAAUAAACGCUUUUAUGGCUAUUUUUAAUGAACUUUUGUAACUUUGAAUAAUUAUUUAAUAUGAAUGAAAUUAUAUUCCAUGCUAUCAUCAUUGUGAACAAGGUAAUAUCAUUGAAAAAUAUUUAUUUUAUCAUCGUUGACAUGAAAAUUCUUGUUCAAAAUCGAAUAUUCCAGUGGUCAAAUCAUAAAUUUUAAUGUCACCUGAAAUUAAUCCAGUUUGAAGAAUUAUUUUCAAAGUUUUAAUGAUAAUUUGAAAUUUAACCUCUAAAAAUAUAAUUAACCUUUCCCGCCAAGAAGCGUCUGUAGGAGGGAAAACAUCCCAGAAAAAACGAGUGGACGAGUGGAUGGAGUAGGUUUGUGUUGUAAACUUGUGAAUUGUUGUACUCCAUUGUUUAGUUAGAAGAGUGAAAGAACCAAUAAACCAAGAUAAAAACUAUUUCAAGUACAUGUUUCCUUCAAUUAUUUUGUUUGGUUCAUAUUUUGUUCUUUGAUAAGUUUUAACUAUUAUGACUACUGCAAGUUCUCAAUACUAAUAGAAAUUGAACGAUUUUAAUGACAAAUUGACAAUCCGAAUCAAGAUGGAAACUUUAAACGAUAGAAGUUGGGUGGAUGAAAUGGAAGAUGAAGAAAGUCAUUAUCGUAUAGUUACCCUCAAAACGCCCGAAAAAGAGAAGGAACCAGUAGAAACACAGAGCAGCAGUUCAAGAAGAAAGAUAUUUAUUGUGAAAGAUGAGAAUGCGUGUGACAAUAGUUUGCAAAGCACUGAUCGUGGUACAGAUUCAAUCUCUCCGAAAACUAACACUUCCUACGCCAAAAUUCUCAAAUCGUCGUCGCCAGAGGCAAACAGCUGUAAACUUCCCGUGAGUGACGCCACUCCCAAAAAAGAUUUCCUCCAAGAGGACAUCAGUUUGUCCAGUCAUUUGGAUGUUUUCCACGUUGCAAGUCCUUGCAAAGGAAAGGAGAAGAAGGCAUCGACAGAAGGUUCAGUAGUUGAUAAAGACGAAUUCCCAGAGUUGAGUCCGUGGUCGCGGAAGAUGAAGAAUCCGACUAAAAAAUCGCAUGCUGAAAGUAAUGAUAUUAAGGAUGUAACUCUGAAACAAACUGUGAAAAGCGAGAGUAAUGUUGAUGAUCAGAACUCUGAUCCGGCUGCUAGACGACGUAUGCUCGAUGACUCGAAAGCCAGGCGUCUUCCUCCCGAUGACGUCCUCAUGCCUAGUCCGAGUAAAAUCACGCGGCAGAGCACCCGUAACACGGAGAACUCGCCGGCCGCCAGUCGGACUCCCAGAACGCCGCGAAACGAGCACCGCAAACGACAGAGAGACUAUUCGUCCCCAUCUAGUACAGGAGGGAGCAGCCGCAAGUAUGAGACUGAUCCUCUAGUAUUGUCUAGAAGGCAAAAGCAAAUUGAUUAUGGAAAAAAUACAGUUGGCUACGAUAGAUACAUUGCAUCAGUACCAAAGAGAGAACGCGACAAGAAUCACCCGCAGACCCCGCCAAUGCACUUGCAGUACAGUCGCCGGGCGUGGGACGGCCUCAUCAAGAUUUGGCGCAAGCGACUUCAUUUCUGGGAUCCACCUAGUGAGGGUGGUGGUGAUCCUGCUCUACUUGAAGACGACGAAUCGAUCGGUGACAUGUCACUGGACACCAGCUCCGUGGUGUCCACACCACAACAGGAGUCGAAGAGAAGGAGAGGCAUGGAGCACCACGGCGGAGAGACAAAGAGAGCCAUCAACAAUGGCGUCUCAAUGGACGAUGAUGACGAUGAGGACGGAUGCAAGCCACUCCCCAUCGAGGACUGGAUACUCAUGGGAGAAGGAGAUGUCAAACAAGAAGAAGACGAAGACAAACCAGUUAAAAUAAAACAGGAAAUAAAGGAGGAGGAGGAGGAAGAAGAAGACGAUGAUAUUGAUGACGUUGAAGACGAUGCCGAGAAGAAAAUCAAGAUAGAGUGUCCCUAGACACCCACCAAAAGUUUUUUAUCAUGUGUGAAUAUCUAGCUCGAAUUGAGCUUUAUUUUUCUAGAUUAAUGUUUUUUUUUCAUUUUUAGUACGGUACUGUAUACAAUUUGACAGUUGUGUAAGCAAUAUAGAUAAUGUAAGUUUGAUAAAAAAUAACUAUACUGACAUAUUAUCCAGUAUUGAUUAAUAAAGAAAGAUUUUUCUAAGAAAGUUCUCCCAGUUCUAUGUUAUGUAAAUGAUCUCUUUAUUGGUAGCGAAGGUAUUAAAAGGUUCAUUUCUUACUAACCAUUCAUUA